AUGUGCGGAAUAUGGGCAACCUUUGGAGUUACAGGAGGUUUAUCUCCCACUUGCAUCAAAUGCUUUGCGGCCAUUGUGCACCGGGGUCCCGAUGCUUGGCGAAUUGAGCAAGAUUCCAGAGAACAGUUGGCUAUUCUUGGCUUUCAAAGACUGGCCAUCGUGGAUGGUCUUCACGGCAUGCAGCCCAUGCGCUUACAUCUGUAUCCACGAGUAACGCUCAUCUGCAACGGUGAAAUAUACAACUGUGAGCGGCUGCGCGAAGAAUUCAACUUCCCCUACGAAACCAACUGCGAUGUAGAAGCCAUUAUUCAUUGCUACAAGAAGUUUGGGAUCGCAGAAACUGUUCGCAGGCUCGACGGAGUGUUCGCCUUCUGUCUUGUCGACGGUGAGGCCCGGAAAGUCUACAUAGCGAGAGAUCCAUAUGGUGUCAGACCUCUGUACCAAUUAAAGGACGAAAAGAACGGAGUAAUGGGAGUAUGCUCAGAAGCCAAAGGGUUAGUCGGUUUAAAACAUAAAGCUUCCGAGAUUUCUACCCUCGGUCAGUUUUCCCCUGGACACUUCGAAGAAUGGGAUAUCGGUGCCGAUAACAAGGUUGCACUGGCCUACAGGGAGCAAUACUUCACACCGGGAACACCUCCCAAAUUUAAAACGUUUGUCCCAGAAAGCGAUCUAGAAACGCUGGACAUUUAUGAAAAGACCGCAGCACUACUAGAAGCUGCGUGUAAGAAACGUUUGAUGUCGGAUAGACGAAUAGGUUGUAUGCUGAGCGGCGGUUUAGACUCAUCGCUGAUCACUGCAUUAGUCUGCAAACUUGCUAAGGAACACAAGCUGCCAUACAAAAUACAAACAUUCGCUAUAGGCAUGGGCGACUCUCCCGAUCUUGUAGCGGCUAGGAAGGUCGCCGAUUAUCUCGGCACGGAACACCACGAAGUGAUAUUUGACGAAAACGACGUUCGGGAGGCAUUAGAUAACGUCAUUUACCACCUAGAGUCUUACGAUAUUACUACAAUUCGCGCUAGCUUGCCUAUGUAUCUCCUAUCGAAGUAUAUCAAGGAGAAAACAGAUACGACGGUCGUAUUUAGCGGCGAAGGUGCCGACGAAUUAGCUCAGGGUUACAUUUACUUCAGAGAUGCCCCUUCGGCGACCGCCGGUCACGAGGAAAGUAUCAGGUUACUAUCAGAUAUCUACUUAUACGAUGGUUUGAGGGCAGAUCGCACAACUAGUGCCUUUAGUUUAGAGCUCCGAGUGCCGUUUCUAGAUAUUCAAUUUACGAGUCAUUACUUAGCUAUAGAUAAUAAAAUGAGACAGCCACAUGAGGGCGUAGAGAAACAUCUACUGAGGAGCAGCUUUUCCAAGAGUGGAUUACUACCAGAUUCAAUUCUAUGGCGACAUAAAGAAGCAUUUAGCGAUGGAGUAGCGUCCGUGAAAAAAUCUUUGUUCACCACAAUAUCAGAGAUCGUCUCAGAAAGGUUACCGUCAGAGAAUCACACAUAUGAAGGAGUGCAACCAACAACUCCAGAGUCAAAGUACUACAGGUAUAUCUUUGAGAAAUCAUUCCCUGGACAAGCUAAUUUUACACCUUAUUACUGGAUGCCGAAAUGGGUGAAAGUUUCCGAUCCCUCUGCCAGAUUUAUUAAGCAUUAUGCGGCGAAGUAA